AUUUACAGCCCCUGGCCAACAUCAGAAUCUGGCCCCCAUGGAUGUGCCAGUGAAACGUUUUGCUCUGUGGCACACCAGCCUGUCGUUACGCGGCUAUCGAACACCACCCCUUUUCAGCCCCACGCAAACCGUUUCACCCUCUGUCUCCCUUGCUCCUGCCAGAGUGGGCCUGUGAUCGACAUGCCGGUACCGGCCAGCUUCAACGAGCUGACUCAGGAUCCCAAUCUGCGGCAAUAUGUUGGCUGGGUUUGGUAUGAGAGAGAGGUGCUGCUUCCCCGGAGCUGGCUGCUGAAUGCCCUCACCACCCGAGUCGUGCUGCGGGUGGGCAGUGCACAUUACUACACCAUAGUCUGGGUCAAUGGAGUGCAGGUGACGGAGCAUGAAGGGGGCCACCUGCCCUUCGAAGCCGACAUAAGCAGGAUUGUGCAGGCUGGCCCCGGGGCCCUGUGCCGCAUCACCGUUGCUCUCAACAACACCCUGACGCCUCACACCCUGCCUCCCGGCGCCAUUCAGUUCCUGGCGGACGAGUCUAAGUAUCCCAAGGGCUAUUUUGUUCAGAACACAAAGUUUGAUUUCUUUAACUACGCUGGAAUUCACCGUCCGGUCGUGCUGUAUACAACCCCCACGGUCUACAUAGAUGACAUCACUGUGACUACAGCCUGGACAGGGAAUAUUGGUGUGGUGCGGUAUCAGGUGUUGGUGGCCGGCAGCACCCACUACUCCUUGUCGCUGUCUCUCCGUGAGAAAGAGGGGAAAGUAGUUGCUACGGGAAAUGGAACAGUCGGAGAGUUGAAAGUAGUGGAUCCAAAGCUUUGGUGGCCUUAUCUGAUGCACGAAAACCCUGGAUACCUUUAUUACUUGGAGGUGACGCUGUUGGCGCAGGCGGGCGGGGAGUCGCUGGAAGAUUUGUACACGCUCCCCGUCGGGAUCCGCACCGUACAUGUCACCCGCAGCCAGUUCCUCAUCAACGGAAAGCCCUUCUACUUCCAUGGCGUCAACAAGCACGAGGAUGCUGACAUCCGCGGCAAAGGCCUGGACUGGUCACUGAUUGUGAAGGAUUUCAACCUACUGCGGUGGCUUGGGGCCAACUCCUUCCGCACUAGCCACUACCCCUAUGCAGAGGAGAUCAUGGAUCUGUGUGACGCGUACGGCAUCGUGGUGAUCGACGAGUGCCCAGCCGUGGGGAUGCGAGAUCAGGAGAACUUUGGUAAUAAAUCGCUGGCCCACCAUCUCACGGUGAUGGAAGAGCUGAUCCGGCGGGAUAAGAACAGGCCCUCGGUUGUGAUGUGGUCUGUAGCCAAUGAACCAGCCUCAGAGCUAACCCCAGCAGCUUACUACUUUAAGACAGUGAUAGCUCACACUAAAGCCAUUGAUCCCUCCAGACCUGUAACCUUUGUGUCAAAUGCUAAUUACGCUCAUGAUCAUGGUGCUCCAUACGUGGAUGUAAUUUGCGUAAAUAGCUACUUCUCCUGGUACCACGACUCCGGCCAUCUGGAGGUUAUUCAACUACAACUCAAUACACAGUUUGAGAACUGGUAUGAAACCUACCAAAAGCCAAUUAUCCAGAGUGAAUACGGAGCAGAUUCUAUUGCUGGGCUUCACAAUGACCCACCUCUUAUGUUCAGCGAGGAAUACCAUAAGGCUGUGCUACAGAAAUACCAUUCAGUAUUUGACAAAAAGAGAAAGGAAUAUGUGAUUGGGGAGCUCAUCUGGAAUUUUGCUGAUUUUAUGACAGCGCAAGCAGUCAUUCGUGUUUUAGGGAACAAGAAGGGGAUCUUCACCCGGCAACGACAACCAAAGGCCGCUGCAUUUAUUCUAAGAGACAGAUACUGGAAACUUGCAAAUGAAUCAAGUUGUAUCCACCCAACAGUGAAAUAUUACAAUUUGUGAGUGGGUAUUAAGUUCUAAUGUUUUCAUUAAAUAUUUUGUUUAAUAUUUACAUUUUACCAAAGUCUAAUAUUACAGAAAUAGCACAGUUUAAGUGUCUGAAAUAGUUCUAAAAUAAAAAUAUUUCCAUAACAUGGGUUCUAUUUAAUUUACAAGGCAGAGUGAAAUAAAUCUAUAGAAAAUUAGUAAUCAAAAGGCUGCAUGUUUGCAGGUGGUAAAGUGGAUACCUAACAUUAAGUAUUUGAGAGAGGUAGAUUGAGAGUCACGAAUUAACUCUCCCGAGUUUAACGAUGUAGUGUUUUCAUAUGCUAUUCCUGAAAAUAGAUUUCCUGUUAGCUAUGUUCUGAAGGAAUCACCAUUUCCCUUCUACCUUCUGGUGCCUCAAGAUAUGUAUUUUAAGUUAUUAGAGUUGUUCUACUAUAAACGUACACAACAAAGUCUAGUUAGCUUGAAAUCUGUACUAUAGUAGGCAGUUUCAGCGUACCACAGUAGCAUCUACUCUACCACUCCAGUCUAUAGUAUAGAUAAAUGUAUCUGUAUUUCUGCUCUAGUUAUUUCUAAGUAUGAACUUCCCGACUAGGACUACAAGGAUGAGCUGUAGCUCUGACUUUCAACAUGGAGGAGCUUAAUUCACAUUUGGAGAUCAAACCAUAGUAGUAGUCUCAGUAGGUAGGUUAACUUUGUCCAAGUCUGACAUGAGCACUAUCACAUAACACUGGUAUGAAAACAAAAUACUGUGGCACCCUGAAUUUUUUGGGCAGAAAGAUGUUGAAAUUAAAAAUAUGCAGAUUUAUCUACUUUGUAACAAAUUCAGGGUGCCAGCCUUCAAGUAAGAGAUAAGGUUUUAGAAUAGAAGGUAAGAGGACGCCUAGGUCUUCAUAGAAGACCUUAUCAGUAGUGUCUAAUCUAAAACUAGUACAGUGAAUGGAGGUAGUUAUAAAAGUGUCUUACAGAUAGAUUGUAAAUCUAGCCCUACAGCAGCACCACCCUGGCCAAAUCCAUGUUUUUGAACAGAGGUUGCUUAGUAGAUUUUGGAUAGUAACUGACAUGCAUUAAGGUCCGUAUUUCUGCACAUCAUCAUCAUCUGGCCAGAAUGAUUAAACAUACUAUUGCUUAUGAUUCUCCUUUAUGCAAUGUCUCCUCCUUAUGGCCUGACCUAGGUGACUUAAAUUUCUGCCCAUAUACAAAGAAAAGAAAAUAGUUGCCACUAUUUAUUGAACGGUAGUAUAUAGUGUUCUUUUCUCUUGAAACAACACAUUAGAAGUCAAGGGCAAUUCUGACUGCCACGUGCGGUGAUAAAAAAGGAAAUAUAUACUCGCUACAGAACUAAAACGAUCGUUUGGUUUGCAAAAGAAAACCCAUACUAUGAGUAUGGCAUGUUUAUAUUGUAUUCAUUUUACAGAUUUCCUAAUGAACUCCACUUCAGAAUAUAAAAAAGUGUAUCCAUGUUAAAAAGCAGUCACUCAAAUGUUAUCCAGUACCUUACUGAAUACCAUAUUAAUCUCAUUACCACGGUUUGAAAGUUAUUUUAAAACCUUAAUUUCUAAAUGUCAAUUGGUUUUUUAAGUUUCUUUCCCCAUUUCAGCACUGACAGAAUGACAUACCAACAGCAGCCACAUCAAGAUACAGACACAGAUUUGACAUGGUUCAUGUAUUACAAACUAGGACUUAGAUCCCUACAAUAUGUACAGGAUUUGAAAUUUCAGUAAAAAAAAAGCUACACAUUUGUUCAAUCCAACAAAACAGAUGGCAAGGGUUCAACAUCGAUUUAUAUGGUAAACACACAUAUUAAGGAGAGUCAUUUCCUGCUUACGUUCUCCAAAGCUCAUUGCAAACUUAAAUAAAAAAGGGACUAUAUACUGCAGGUUAGAAUACUUAGACAUUGUCAGAGUGAAGUUAAAGCAGAUCUUUAGGCAUAACAAAACAGGAAGUGAUUAAAGUAACAUACCCAAGAUGGUGUUUGCAUGUUGCUUGAAGAACUGUAAACAGCAAAUCCUCACAUCAGUGCUGCUCAACCGUUACACCUUAUGUGCACACAACAUUCACCAAUACACAAUGAAGCUACAGGAAUUUCUGCACUAGUAUCUCUGGGGACUCAAUGCUUCAACCUUCUACUGCUAACAUAUCUUCUUUUGAAAAAAGAAAUCACAACUGAGUACAUUUCUACAAACAAAUUUACAGUACUGGCUUUAAAAACAGUUUCUAAGGCUCAGACUGAGUCCAAAAAGGCCUCUGAUUGGGUUCAUUCAAGCUCUUUGUUUGAACUGCACUACUGCAGUAUAAGAAUGAUUGCAGCAAGACAUCCACAGGUAAUUUCUACAUUUAUUUUUUUAUACCAAAAAAGUUGUGCAACAAAUAAACAUUCUCAUAUAUUUACAUUGGAUUCCUUUACCUGUUAGCAAAAUUGUAUUCUAAAUCUCUGAUAUAGAGUCUCUCGACCUAUACUGUUAAAGGAACAUCUGCCCAAUGACUCCACUUUAAAAGGAUGUUCACUCUGGAGUUUAAAGCACUAGUAAUAAAUAUUAGAUGGAACAUACUAUACAGAACACACACCUAAUAUUUAGGCCAUGCUUAAUACAGUUUUACGGUAACAGAAUACUUCACUUUUUUGGACUAGUUUUUUGUCUAGAUUAUGUUUAAACAAUGUUGGCUAAACCAAAGUCAAGUUUUAUCAGAUUGUUUAUUUAAGUUUAGUUCAAACAAAAUUAGGAGCCACACUUGCCUCCUGAAGCACCUAACCAACCGUUUUUACCAAUCAAGACCUAUCAGAGACUUAGUACAGCAGAAGACGAGUACUACAGCAUACAGAAAUUUCUCUCCUCCAAAAUGGAGAGAUUUGUUCUCACCUCAGAUACUAAAAAGCGGUGGGAAAUGUUUCAUUGGCCUUUUUAUAGCAAAUAUCUUACAGUAACAAGACUUUUCAGGAAUGUUUGCUUCUUAAGCAAGUCUUGGGAUUUGAUUCUUUUCCCUCUCCUCCAAAACCUGAAAGAGUAGAAAUCCAAAUGUGUAUUUUGAAGAAAGCACAAACCUAUGAGUGCUGAGGCCAUAGUUGGGGUUGAGGGUUUUUUUUGUUUUAUUUAAGUCUGGAUAUCAUGUGUCAGCAUUUUGCUGUAUUCUCGUACCCCAAUCUUUCUAUGAAA